UACAACUCUCAUUUACUUAACGACACUCUAAAGGUUUUUAUUUAGUAUAUUAGAUAUAGAUAAAUGAAUGAAUGAAUGAAUGAAUUCAUCAUAUGAAAACCGUUUAUUUUAUUUUAUUUUAUUUUAAUUUACAUUUUGUAGACAAUUUGAUAUUUCAACAUUCUACCCUGGAUAUGUAUACAUCAUCAGCUGCAUACAUCGAAUCAACUUUUAAUCCUUUCAGUAAAAAAGUCAAUUAAUCAAAUCUAUUUACAUGUCAACCAACUUCCAUACUCAAUGGAUUAAAGGAAGGUGUGUGAAACUUUAAUUUUGUGUACGCAUUUGUGGUAUACUCAACAGAAAUUUAAUUUUGGGGAAAUGAAGUGUUAUAUUUAAAGGGAUUGAACUGUAAUCAAUCCAUAAACUUGAAAGAGUUCAUAGGUAUAUGCCAACGUUUACUAUGAGUAAAUUCUUAACAACAUUGAAAUACUAUCUCAAGACAAUAGCCUUUGGUUCAUUGAUCUGUGGCUGUGCUUUAUAUGGGGUCAUAGCUUCUGUUAUUCUAAGACUUGUAAACAAAGGAGAGUAUGCUCAAUAUACAGUUGCAAGAGCAUUUUUAUACACAUUUUCUUGGGCAUUAGGUGUUAAAAUCACAGUGACAAAUGAAAAGUAUUUGCAAUCAAAUCCAGCUAUUUAUAUAUCCAAUCAUCAAUCCGCUUUAGAUAUCUUUUUGUUAGGUAAAAUCUUCCAACCAGGUUUUUCAGUUACAGCCAAGAGAUCCUUAAAGUUUGUUCCUAUCUUAGGAUGGUUCAUGUUGCUUUCAGGUACCUUCUUCUUAGAUAGAAGUAAGAGUGACAAAGCAAGAAAGGUUUUAGACUCUGCUUUAGCUUCAUUGAAAAAAGAUAAUCGUGCUUUAUUCAUGUUCCCAGAAGGUACAAGAUCACGUACUGAAAAAUUGGAAUUUCUUCCUUUCAAGAAGGGUGCUUUCCAUCUCGCCAAGCAAGCUGGAAUUCCUGUUGUUCCAAUAGUUAUUAGCAAUACCUCCAAUAUUUUUAACUCAAAGCGUAAGGUAUUUAACGAAGGUGAAAUUUUUGUUGAAGUCUUACCACCAGUAUCCACAGACGACUUAGAAACCAAUGAAGACGUGACUAAGCUUUGUAAUAAGGUAAAUGAAGAUAUGUUAAAAGUUUAUCAAAGAAUCGGUUAUUCUAAAGUCCGUGGUGGAAAGGCUGCUCCAUUAACUGAGCAAGGAAAUACGGUCAAAAAGACAGCAGUUAAAAAUGCGGAUGCUACAGCUAAAAUUGCUACAGUUAACGAUGCCACAGCAGAAGAACCAAUUGCAAAAGAUUCCGAAGACAACAUACAAGCUGUCGAAGUAUCCGCCGAAGAUACACCAUUAAUUGUAAAAGAUUAGAUUAGAAUAAAAAUAAACUAAUUAUAUAUAAUAAAUACUAAUGUGAAAUU